AUGAGCCAAGUCUAUGAGGAUCGAAAAUUGAUUUUUGGAAUGAUCGGAGCAUCUGUGGUGACGUGGAAUGUGAGCUGGAUUUGGCUGGAAUCCCAUAAUUUAUAGCUGUUUCAGAUCAUUCUGAAGAUCAAGCAAAUUCUGGAAAAUCGCCAACCAGAAUUGACCGAAUGGAUUCCAGUUGGAAGAAUCAAAAGUCUCCAUGUCUACCCGAUCAAAUCUUGCCAGGGAAAAAAUGUGAGUUUUUCCUGAUGUCUAGAAUUCUCCUCAUAAACUCUGAAAAUUAUAGGUUUUCCAAUAUGAAUGCACACCCCUCGGCGCAGUUUCUCAAGAAUAUUUCGACAGAUUCUUCUUGGUCGUUGAUGGUGAGACUGGAAAAUUCCACACCGCUCGAACCAAACCACAAAUGGUUCUGAUUCAGACUGAUAUUCAGGAUGGAAUUGUGACACUGAGUUAUCCGAACUUGGAAAGUGUUCGAUUCAGUGUUCAAAGUGUUGUGGGGCCUGAAAAUUUGAAACAAGGAUUGUAAGUUUUUCCUGAACUUUCUGAUCCAAAAAUCUGAUUCCAGUCUCCACGGAAAACUUCGAACCGAUGGAUAUGAUUGCGGUCAAAACGUGGCCGAUUUUCUAUCAAAAAUCAUUGAAGAGCCAAACACCAGACUUCUGAUGUAUCAACCAGAUCUUUUCACUGAACGAACUUGUCGAACAUCGGAAACUUGGUGGAAUAAUCGAGUGCCGAAUCGAGUUGAUGAUGUGAGUUUUUUUUCGGGUAGACAGGGUUGUGAGUGAUGAAAAAUCUUAAUUUGAAAAAAAAUUCAAAAUUGAAAAUAUCGCAGUAUCGUAACCAAAAUUAUUAUCAGAGCAAAACUUGAUUAUAUUUCAUUUUUUUUUCAAUUUUUUAAUUAUUUUCUAAAAUUUUAAAUUUCGCACCUGUUCGCUAGAGCGCGUUUGCCCACUGACAGCUGUUUCUCCGAUUCGCAAUUUUUUUAGUAAACGCACAUUUAAAAACUGUACUGUGCCGGAAAUUUUCCAAAUUUCCGAAUUUCCGGUUUUUUCAAAGAAAAAUCAAUUUUCCGGUUUUUCGGAAAAUGUGCUCGGAAAAUCGGGAAAAUCUUCAAUAUUGCCUAAAUUUUGGGAAAAUUUCUCAGGUUAUGAUGAAAAAAAAAUGACAUUUUUGAAUUUUUUUUUCAAAUUUUACUAUUUUUGAACGUAAAACGUCUCAAAUAGUAAGUUUUAGUGUCAAGUUGAGGCUGAAAAUCAAAAUUUAAGACUUCGAAAAUUUUCCGCAUUUUUUAUUUUCCGCUUCAAAAAAUCCACAAAUUUUCCAACUUUCCGUUUUCCGGCUUUUUCCUCGAACUCCACCUCUAAAACAACAACGUUGCAGACAGCCUACGCUGAUCUCGCCCCAUUCAUGAUCACCACUCAAGCCUCCCUCGACGAUCUCAACAAACAUCUCAAAACCCCCGUCACCUCAACCCACUUCCGCCCAAACAUCGUUGUCGACGAUUGCGAAGCGUGGGACGAGGAUAAAUGGCAAGAUCUUCGAAUCGGCGAGGUUGAACUUCAGUGCUUCAAACCGUGUACACGAUGUAUUUUGACAACUGUUGAUCCGCAACUUGGAACAAAGGAUAGUGAUAUGCAACCCUUGCGGAAACUUCGUGAAAUUCGUUUGGCACCGGAGGGAAAAAUGCGGAAAGAAUUCAAGGAUUCACCGAUUUUUGGUGUUAAUGCUGGUGUUGUUCGAAGAGGGCAUAUUCAUGUUGGACAAACUGUUUGGGCCAAGUAUAAAAAAUCUGCUUUCUAA